UUGAGCUCCGCAGCGAGGUCAUCUUUUUUCUGACACCAUGGGGCGCGGUGGAGCCGGCAGAGGGAGAGGCGCGAGGAAGGGCGAGGCGGCCCCGGCAGCAAAAGGGGACGGAGGCACUGCGGGAUCGAAGGGGCGAGAGAAGGGCAGACGGGGCGACGAGGGAGACCGGGCACCGCGCCCCCCCAAAGCCGAGAAAUCGCAGCAGGCGGGGAAAGACGCUGCUGCGCCAAGUGGGAGGAAGACGUCCCAGAAGAAGAAGGAGCCGGACCGAACUAAGAGCAAACUUGCUCCCGAGGAGCCUGGCUGGUGGCAGGCGCUGGGAAUGCUCACGCUAGGUGCAGGGGAGCGCGCCAAAGCCGAGGAAUCCCAGCAGGCAGCGAACGGCGCUGCUGCCCUAAGUGGGAAGAAAGGCUCCCAGAAGGAUCAGCCGGAUCAGGGGAAAGCCGAAGGUGGGGCCCGGAGGAAAUCGAAGAACGUACUUGCUCUCGAGGAGCCUGGCGCGAGCGGCAUCCCAUGCCUGGCGCAGGCGCUGGGAAAGUUCACGAUCUUUGCAGAGGAACUGUGGCCCGAAGCCGAGGCAGCAAACGGCGCUGCUGCCCCGAGUGGGAAGACAGCUUCCCGGAAGGAAAAAGGCGCGCAAAAGGCGCGGGAAGCCGAGCAGGCUGUGUGCGCUCUGGUAAAAAAAGAGCCCGUCCCGCAAGGAAGCGCAGGAGUUGCCCCCAACAAGCGAGGCGCUUCCCAGAAGGCGAAGCCUCUUCCCAAAGAGGAGGGAGAAGUCGGCCAGACAGGCAAAGAAAGCGCCUCCGCCGGGAGGAGAGCUUCCCGGAAGAGAGAGCAGGAGAAGGCACGUGAGCCGGUGGGGAAGGAGGCCGGCGCCCAAGAGAAGCCGGUCCCGGGAGACAAACUGCUUCCCAAGGAGCCUGGCCCGAGGGGCAACCGCAGUUUGAGGCAGGUGCUGGAAAAGCUCAAGUUAGCGAAAGAGAAGCACGCCAAGGCCGCGCAGCAGGUUAACCGGGUCAGGGACAUCCUGGUAAAAGCAAUAAAGAGUGAAACGUGCUUCUCCUUCAUCGAAGUGCUGGGCACCGGCAGUUACUACGAGCGCCUGAAGAUUUCUAACCCAAAUGAAUUUGAUAUUAUGCUCAAAGUACCAAAUAUAAGACUUGAACUAGAACCCUGCAAUGUUCCUGCUUCUGGUGCUUUCUUCUAUGUAAAACUGAAAAGGAACCCUGGGAAAAACGCAUGUCUAGAUAAAUUUUUAGAUGACAAAAUGCAUCUUUCAUCUUCUGAGAUGCUGUCAGCACUGAGGAACAUUAUUGUAGAAGAAGUAAAAAAAAAUAAGGAUCUGGCGGAAGUGCAGGUAGAGAGAAAGAAGCCUGGAAGCCCAGCAGUAACCCUUCUCAUUGGAAAGCCUCCCUCCGUUAUAUCAGUAGAUAUCAUUCUUGCUUUGGAAUUUCGGGGCCAGUGUGAGCGUCCACAGAAUGGCCUGGAUAUUACAGGAUGGCUAGGACGAAAAGUAAAGAAUGCCUUUUUAAAUGAACCACGCUACGUCGUGCCCAAGUUUGCCAAAGAUGGAAAGUGCUUAAUAGAAAACACUUGGCGACUCUCUUUUUCACAUAUUGAGAAGGCUAUAAUGACUAAUCAUGGCAACUCAAAGACCUGUUGUGAAAGAAAUGGGCAAAAGUGCUGCAGGAAAGAUUGUCUUAAGCUUCUGAAGUAUUUCCUGGAGCAGCUUAAAACAAAACAUGGAAACAGAAAUCAGUUUGAAAAAUUCCAUUCUUACCUUGCCAAAACUGCCUUUUUUCAUGCAUGUGCCAAGUGGUCCCGUGAUGAUGAAUGGCUUGCAGCAAAUCUUGACGAAUGCUUCAAUAGACUACUGGAUUAUUUUGUGGGUUGUCUCAGAGAGGCUGAGCUUAAACACUUUUUUAUACCUGAGUUCAACUUGCUCCAUACAGUUGAAAAGGCAAAAUGUAAUGCACUUGCAAAAAUAAUUGAAAGUGAACAAAACAAUAGGUUUCCUAUAUUUUUCCUGUAACUUUAAAAUAAAGAGCUACUUGAAUUCAUGCGAAGAAUUAUGAAUGAAAUUGAAAGCCACUAUGGGUACUCACCUGAAAGGGUUAUAAGGACAUCACA